AUGAUAGGGUUAUCACAGAAUAGGGCGCGAGAUAGUCGUAUAUCUAAGCUAGAUGACAAGACUAACUUAAUGAUGAGCGAUAGACUAGAGGUGAGGAACGUUACCGGGAAUACUUUGAUAUCAUCUUGUUCCUCCUCCGUUUCGUCUGCUUCUUCAUCAAGAACCACUACAUCGUAUACGUCGGCGCACUCCAAUCACUGUAAUAGUUGUCAAAGCUCAAGCUGUAACUAUGAUCAUCGUGAACCCACAAAGAACAUGAUACAACUGAAUAACAGCAACAGCAACGAGGAUGACGCUUCUAUUGAAGUUUCAAACCAUUCAAGUAAAAUAAGUCAAACAGAAUCAACAACAGAAACGUUAAAACUACCGCUACCGUUGCUAACCUUGCAAAAUUUGAGACAACAGGAUGAUAUCAACUUAAAAGAGGAAAAGAGAGAUAGUUUGCUCAAAGUAUCAAGCAGCGAGGAACUAUUGCCUGAUGAUCCACGUACAGCAAAUCGCCAAUCACCCUCUACACCAACGUCCUUCAAAGGAUCACGCUCGGAAUCUUCUGAUAUUUCUCAUGAUACUGUACCGUCUUCAGUAGAGAAUCUCGAAGGAACACCGCCAAAUGAGCUAGUACUUAUCAACACAAGACAAGUAAGAACUCCCUCGGGAGAACACUCUGAGUUCCAGUUUCAAUUUGGAACUAAGCAAGAGCUGAAAAUGAGACUUUCAAUCGACGUCGACCCAUCACAUUCAUUGUCUCGUAAUAACAAUCACUCAAAUACAGACAUAUCAACUAUUAAAAAUCUCACGCAAAUUGAACCAACACAAUCCUCAUUUCAUGUGGAAAGUAAUAAUACCCUUCCUUCUGAUACACCCAAGGCGGCACCGCACAUAGCAACAGCAGACGCGGCAGCGGCAGCAGCAGCAGCAAAAACAACAACAACAACAACAACAACAACAACAACAACACUUGAUAAACCCAAAACAUUGCGUCGACACACUUCACCAGCUAGAACUACAUCAUCACAACGACGUGUUUCUGAUAAUGAGAAAAUCACUCAGCGUUUCUCCAAUACAAACACUGCUUCUUCGAUACAAUUAUCAAGGAACUCGUUGAAUAUUGAAAGACCAAAGGUAAGAAGUACAUUUCCUGGUAGUGGUGGUGGUGCCGCUGCCACCACCAACAAUUCCACGACCCACCAAGACCCACGGAAAAGUAUUAAUAGUGAUAUACGAAGAAUGAGGGAUUCAAUAGUGAUUCGGAGACACAAUAUCAGAAGAAGAUUUACUGAGGAUGAAAAAGUAUUGGUGGGGAAUAAGAUUAGUGAAGGACAUGAAAAUUUUGUUAUGGCAUAUAAUAUGUUGACUGGGAUUCGAGUUGCUGUUAGCCGAUGUUCAGGUGUAAUGCGGCAACUAACCGAUGUACAGUUCAAGCUGACUAAGAAAUUAACCUUCAAUUAUGACGGGAAUGAACUUACACCCAGUUCAAAGUAUGAUUUCAAAUUUAAAGAUUAUUGUCCUGAGGUGUUUCGAGAGUUGAGACAAAUCUUUGGAAUCGAUCCAGCAGAUUAUCUUAUUUCGAUUACUGGGAAAUACAUCUUGUCAGAGUUGGGCUCACCUGGAAAGUCAGGUUCGUUUUUUUACUAUUCAAGGGAUUAUAGAUUUAUUAUUAAAACAAUACAUCACCUGGAACAAAAACAAUUACUACGAAUGUUGAAAGACUAUUACAAUCAUGUCAAGGUAAACCCAAAUACUUUAUUAUCGCAAUUUUACGGCUUACACCGUGUCAAGAUGCCAAUGUUUGGAGGAGGUGGCACGAGAAAAGUUCAUUUUGUAGUUAUGAACAACUUGUUUCCUCCGCAUCGUGACAUUCACUUGAAAUUUGAUUUGAAAGGGUCCACCUGGGGUAGAUAUACUACCGUGUUUCCCGAGGAUACGCGACUGGGAGAAUUGGCAAAGUACACUUUGAAAGAUCUCAACUGGCUCGAAUUGAAAGAAAAGAUUGAGUUUGGACCAACCAAAAGGAAUGUAUUCCUUGAGCAAUUAGCCAGUGAUGUGAAGCUUCUUCAGAAAACCAAUGUGAUGGAUUAUUCUUUAUUGCUUGGGAUACACGAUGUCAAGAGGGGAAAUAGUGCUGAUAUUGCCCAAAAGCUUUCUGUUUUCGAACCCAAGUCUUCGGAUAAAAAUGCACUUAUCAAUACGAAUCCAAGAGACAUUGAUCGUAUUCAAGACUUGCCCCAUUCAGUAUACCCGGGGCGUUCGAAAUAUAUAUUUUACGGACAUGACGGAGGCAUUCGGGCUACGAAUGCAGACGAUACGCCUGGACAAGAAAUUUACUAUCUUGGUAUAAUUGAUUGUCUUACUCAUUAUGGUUUGAAGAAGAAGUUGGAGACGUGUUGGCGGUCAUUGAGUCAUUCUAGAAGUACUAUUUCUGCUGUUCCUGCAAGGGAAUAUGGUGAUCGGUUUAUUAAGUUCAUUAAGGAUGGAACUGCUUCAUAUAAGAUGAAGAGAAAUUGA